AUGACUUCCUACCCGUUCGAACGAGUCUGGCACCGUGGCCGUGGCAUUGUGUUUAGUCCUACUCGACAACAAGAAUCUGUGCAUUCCCGAGCCUACAUCGCUACGGAGAGUCGGGGCGCUGCCGCAUGGACGCAGCACCCCAACGAUGCGAUAGUCGAACAGGCAUUGGACGACGAGGCAGACUGCUCCGAUUCAGGCAACGACUCUUUUACGACAGCGGUAGAGUACAAUGAAGACUACACGACGAGGGGGCCCGUUGCCGGACAACGCAACCUCAGGGAGGAGCUCAUCAAGGAGGAAGGUCUCGGCGCGGCUGUCUCCGUGGAUACCACCAUCUCACCGAAAGGACCUCCAGUCACGAGCCUUGCCUUCAACAUCAGCGCGGCGGCAUUCGCCAAAGCGCAGCAGGCUCCCGCGGGCACGGCCGAUUCCUACUGGUCUCACACCUUCUACCGGGGCCGUGAUGUGGACGGCCUGGAGCAGAAUGUCAAGGUGCACUACUGCAAGAGCAAGCACAAAAUGGAGCACGUGUGUCAGUACUUUCUCGACGAGAAGGUCCUGGGCUUCGACCUCGAGUGGCAGCCCAGCGCAAGCAAGUCCUCGGGCCCGAGACGGAACGUGUCGUUGAUCCAGCUGGCAAGCCCGAGCCGCAUCGCCCUCUUCCACGUGGCGCUCUUUCCCGGAGCUGACGACGACCUGAUGGCGCCGACGUUCAGGCAGAUCAUGGAGGACCCAGACGUGACCAAGGCCGGCGUCAACAUCAAGGGCGACUGCACGCGCCUGCGCAACUGGUUCGACGUUGGCACGAGGGGCACCUUCGAGUUGAGUAAUCUGUACAAACUCGUCAAGCACUCGGCCUCCGGCCGCGUGGAUCUAGUCAACAAAAGGCUAGUGUCGCUGGCGACACAGGUCCAGGACUGCCUCGGGCUGCCCAUGUUCAAAGGGCCUGAUGUCCGGUCGAGUGACUGGUCGCAGGCCCUCAAUAUGCAGCAAAUCACUUGUGACGCGUAUGCUGGUCUGCAGCUCUAUCAUGUCCUUGAUGAGCAGCGGAUGGCGCUGACACCCAGGCCUCCGCUGCCAUAUCAUGUCGAAUACAACCUGCCGAUCCGCCUGGCGCCCGGAGUGACGAUACCGUCACCAGAAGAGCUCGCUGAACUCGCUGAACUCGCCACCCCAGUCCAAGCCACCGCCACAGCCAGUGACAAGAUGACCGCAGCAGCAGCAGUGGGCGGCGGUGGUGUAACACGACAGCCGGCAGCGACAGACACCUCGCAGCAGGCCACCACCCAAUCGACAUCGGCAUCGGCACCGGCACCCCCACUCUUGUGCUCGCCAUGGGGGACGUCGGACCCGACACGCAUCAUGGACGCCAGGGUGCUCGCUGCAGAGUCCCGCGUCGCCACUUACCGCGCGUCAAAGACGAGCAUGCGCACGACGCCCACGUCGCUGCGGUCGUACUACCUGUGGCACGACAACGAGGGCAUCGGGCCGGAGCAGGUUGCGGGCAUCCUGCGUGUGCCGCCGCUGCAGACCAACACGGUGGUUGGCUACGUGCUCGAGGCAAUCAAGCUGGAAGAUCUGCCGUUCGACAAGAAGAGGCUGAGGAACGAGGUGCUACACCUCCUUCCGAGAGAUGUCAUGGAGAGGAGAUAUCCGGCCAUUUUCAAGGCAGCGCACCAGGUAGACGUUGCCGCCGGGACGUCGGAGAACGACUACGCGGCGGCCAGAUCAGACUGGCCGUUGUGA